AGACCACUUGUUUGGCAUCGCACUACUAUGACAUUCCGCAAUGAUGAAAGGAGAGGAAAAUUUUAAGGUUUUACGCGGGCGUAACGUAAAGUCCUCUAGAGAGAGAGAGAGUAGAGAGAAACAGCAAAGCUGAGAGCGAAAACAAAUGGCCAUGGCGGGUCUCUACCGGAGGGUCCUUCCCUCUCCUCCGGCCAUCGAUUUCGCUUCUUCCGAAGGGAAGCAACUUUUCAUUGAAGCCAUUCAAAGUGGAACCAUGGAAGGUUUCUACAAGUUAAUUUCCUACUUUCAGACACAAUCAGAGCCUGCAUAUUGUGGAUUGGCUACCCUUUCCAUGGUCUUGAAUGCCCUUGCCAUUGAUCCAGGAAGAAAAUGGAAAGGACCUUGGAGAUGGUUUGAUGAAACUAUGCUCGACUGCUGUGAACCUUUGGAAAAAGUUAAAGCUGAUGGUAUCUCAUUUGGGAAGGUUGUCUGCUUGGCUCACUGUGCUGGGGCAAAGGUUGAUGCUUUUCGGACAAAUCAAAGCACCAUUGAAGAAUUUCGUAAGUAUGUGAUGGCGUGUUCCACUUCUGAUGAUUGUCAUGUGAUUUCAUCAUAUCACAGAGGAACUUUCAAACAGACGGGAACUGGUCAUUUUUCACCUAUUGGUGGUUAUCAUGCUGGAAGGGACAUGGCACUUAUUUUGGAUGUUGCACGCUUUAAGUACCCUCCUCACUGGGUUCCACUCCCACUUCUUUGGGAGGCCAUGGAUAAUAUUGAUGAAACAACCGGGCAUCGUAGAGGGUUCAUGCUUAUAUCUAGGCCACGAAGAGCGCCAGCGCUGCUUUAUACCUUGAGCUGUAAACAUGAGAGUUGGGUCAGUACCGCUAAGUAUUUAAUGGAUGAUGUUCCUGUUCUCUUAAGGUCAGAUAAUGUGAAAGAUAUUGAUAAAGUUCUCAAUGUCGUUUUUACGUCUCUCCCUUCAAAGUUCGGGGAGUUCAUCAAGUGGAUUGCAGAAGUUCGGAGACAAGAGGAUGGUGGUCAAAAUCUAAGCCAAGAGGAGAAAGGAAGGCUUGCUUUCAAGGCAGAGGUUUUGAAUCAAGUACAGGAGGUUGGCCUUUUUAAACAUGUAACAAAGUAUUUAUCUUCAGGAAAUUCAUGUUGCACAAAGCUACCAUUUUCAGGCCAUAAGGACAAUUUGCCUGACAUUGCGGCAAGUGUCUGUUGCCAAGGGGCAGAGUUUUUGGCUGGGAAGUAUGUAUCCUCUAAUGGGUUUUGCUGUAGAGAAACUUGUGUGAAAUGCUUCAAAGCCAAUGGUGAUAAGCCCAUUACGGUUGUCUCUGGGACAGUGGUUAAUGGUAACAGUGAGCAAGGGGUUGAUGUGCUGGUUCCUUCAUUUCCAACAAAAGUGGGUUGCUGUGGCUCUGGAAGUAAUUGCACCGGAAUUCACCCUGCAGGUGAUGAUGUUUUAACAGCACUUUUGUUAGCCUUGCCUUUAGACACAUGGUCUGGUAUCAAAGACGAGAAGCUGCUGCAGGAAAUGUAUAGACUUGUUUCAACUGAAAAUCUUCCCACUUUGCUUCAAGAAGAGGUUUUGCACUUGCGGGGUCAGCUUCUUGUUCUCAAGAGAUGCCAAGAUAAUAAGGUUUAUCAAGAAAUAAGAGGUGUCCCUCAAAGGUCGAAUCUACAAGGAACCAGGAGUUGCCUCCCACAGAUAAGGAACCACUACAUGCUAACAUAUUGGAAGAGGAACUGCCUUUGAUGUUAUACAUCAGCUCAACUACAAACUUCAUGUCUGGUCCGAGGGUUAAAGCUUCUGGAUUAUUAAGCCUAUGGGCUAUGGCUCGCUCACAAUUAGGUUUGUGGAAGGAGAUAUUUGUUAAUUCAGUGCAUAUAUUUUAUCAGAUUAACACUCAUGUUGGUUCUUCAUACUCUUCUCUUAGUUGUUGGGACUUCCCAAUGUAUGUUUUUUUUUCCCAGUCGGGUAUGAGAAUAUUUUUAUGUUUUAGUAAUUUUGACACAGUUUGAGGCAA